AUGCAUUACUCCCUCGUCUUCCGCCAAUAUGGACCAGCAUAUGCAACGUGGCUCUUUGGCUUCGAAUGCUUCAAUGGUGUCUUAGAGGACGUGAACCUCAAUGGACAUGGAGGUGGUGAAAUGGAAUACUCAUUAGCGCGUGAUUGGGCUAUUUCUUUACCCGAAGGGGCAUCCGACAAGGAACAUAAACUCGUCCAACGGGCCAUUGACCAAAAGGGUCUCGAUCGCAGCACAUUACGCACUCAAAUUGCUCAAUUUACAUCAGCCAGUUCUAUCUUGCCUCCACGGCUCACGUCGAAGACGAAAUUCACCAGCUUACGGGGCCUUCAGCAUCCGCAGCACAAGUUUCCCGACCUCAAUGUCGUUGACGAUAUGACAGCGGAGCUAGGCACUACUGUUCUCUUCGCUAGUCGGUCGGCAAAGGUUCUCCCCUUCAUUGUCAAGGAUGGCAUCCGAUUCGGGUCUGCAACUGCAACUCGAACAAAUGCUGACCAGUUUGCAGGUGUCUUGAUGCACGACACACAUGUCCCUUGCAAAAUCAUAUAUCAUUUUGAAAUACACCUUCCCGACCAAGUGUUCUACUGCUCCGCUGUUCAAAAGAUGGUAUCUGAUAAUAGAAUUCCCGUAAUGUCAUGGGAUCGUUUCGCAACUGAUCUUGGUGUGAACAUCGUUUACGAGAAUAUCUUUGGACCACUCGAGAUAAUCGCAUCAAGUAAAGUCCUUGUGGGUAGUUCAGUCCUUUGA